AUGAUAAUAGUGAUGAGAUUCAAUUUUAAAAAGAAUUCUUUGAUGUACACAGUUGUACCUAUGCUAGGUGUGACUGGUAUUUCAUUUUUAGCACUACAGCACUUCAUGGGUCAUAAAUAUGAUCGUUGGGAUCAAAAACGUUUAGGUGAUCCAAACAAGAGAAAAACAACAAGUUUAGAAGAAGAAUAUGAGCAAAAUAAUAAUAAUAAUAAUAAUAAUAAUAAUAAUAAUAAUAAUAAUAAUAAUAAUAAUAGUAAAUCAAUCUAUCAAUUAACUGGUUAA